AUGGUAAUUUUUAAUGGCAAAAUGCGUUUAAAAGUUAUUGAAGCCGAUAAAAUACGUGCAACAGAACAUUCAACACGUUAUUUUCCUCAAAAUCCGUCAUUAGCUUUUGUUAGUCCAUAUGUAUCAAUUGAUAUUGAUGAUUUACCAUUAGGACGUACACAUACGAAAGAUAAAACAACAUCACCAACAUAUAAUGAAGAAUUUUCAAGUGAUGUUCAUAAUGGUCAUCAAUUACAUUUUACAAUAUUUCAUGACGCUGCAUUACCACCUGAUGAAUUUGUUGCUGACUGUACAAUAAAAUUUGAAAAUAUUCAUGAUAAAAAAAGUGACAUAUGGAUUGAUCUUGAACCAUCUGGACGAAUUCAUGUUGCUAUUGAAUUACAAGGACAAUUUAGUGAUUCUGUUAGUAAUGAACGACAUUUUAAACAAAAUAAACGAGCUUUUGCUCAACGUCGUUUUGCUGUUGUUCGUCGUGUUUAUGAAAUAAAUGGACAUAAAUUUAUGGCAACUUUUUUUCGACAACCAACAUUUUGCUCAAUUUGUUCAGAAUUUAUUUGGGGUAUAUUUCGUACACAAGGUUAUCAAUGCCAAGUAUGUACAUGUGUGAUACAUAAACGUUGUAAGGCAUCAGUUGUUACAACAUGUCCAGGAAUUCGAACUUGUUUUGAAUAUCGUGAAAAAAGAUUUAAAAUAAAUGUCCCACAUCGAUUUGUUGCACAUACAUAUCGAUUAUUUACUUUUUGUGAUCAUUGUGGAUCACUUUUAUGGGGAGCAUGGAAUCAAGGAAUGCAAUGUAGAGAAUGUAAAUUAAAUGUACACAAACGUUGUACACGAAAUGUUGCAAAUGAUUGUGGAUUGGAUAAGAAAAAACUUGCCACUGUUCUUGCUGAUCUUAAUAUUAGUACUGAACCUCAAAAAAUGAUUAAUCCUCCAAGUGAAGUCGACACACCAUCAACUCCUGAAACAACUGCAAAAACAGCAAAAACCCCUACACCUCCUCCAUCAUCAUUAUCCGAUGAUAGUUUAAUUAAACGACAACAUCAUUAUACUAUUGAUGAUUUUCAUUUUAUGAAAGUACUUGGCAAAGGAUCAUUUGGAAAAGUUUUAUUAGGUGAACAUAAAGCAACUGGUGAAACAUUUGCUAUAAAAGUACUUAAUAAAGAUGCAAUUAUACAAAAUGAUGAUGUUGAAUGUACAAUGACUGAACGACGAAUAUUAGCUUUAUCAACACGACAUCCAUUUUUAACUGGAUUAUUUUGUAGUUUUCAAACGAAGGAACGUUUAUUUUUAAUUAUGGAAUAUGUUAAUGGUGGAGAUUUAAUGUUUCAAAUUCAGCGGUCAAGAAAAUUUGAUGAAUCACGUGCACGUUUCUAUGCAUCAGAAGUUACAUUAGCAUUAAUGUUUUUACAUCGACAUGGUGUGAUUUACCGUGAUCUCAAACUUGAUAAUAUUUUACUCGAUGCUGAAGGUCAUUGUAAAAUUGCUGAUUUUGGUAUGUGCAAAGAAGGUAUAUUUGAUGGAAAAUUAACGUCUACAUUUUGUGGCACACCUGAUUAUAUUGCACCUGAAAUACUUCAAGAACUUGAUUAUUCAUUUUCUGUUGAUUGGUGGGCAUUAGGUGUAUUAAUGUAUGAAAUGAUGGCUGGACAGCCACCAUUUGAAGCUGAUGAUGAAGAUAGUUUAUUUGAAUCUAUUCUACGUGAUGAAGUACUUUAUCCUGUUUGGUUAUCAAAAGAAGCUGUACACAUUCUUAAAUCAGUAAAUAAUUAA